AGUUUUCAUCCCACUGCAAAAUUGAUAUCCCAGUCUCCAAGAUUUGGAAUCUAAACUUACAUCAUCAGGGAUCUCUGAAUUAACGGAUUACAUCAUCAGAUAAUACAAUAUUAAAGUUGGACACGUUAUUGUAAAGAUCAUCACCAGAGUGGGGCCAAUAUGGCUGAAGCUCAUUCUGCCGUUGCAUUCUCAUUUACCGUGACCCCAGAAGGAGUGGACUUUGAUCUGAACCAUGAGGCUUUAUGGGCAGUCUGGGGAAGCGGAGUUAGGUCAUGGAAAAAAAGAUAUGCACAAUUCAGGAACAACCUGAUAAACCAUGCAUACCCAAUGCCCUUAGCUACUUGGAUGUUCUUCAUGUCAAUAGUCUUAGCCCUGGUUCUAGCAGAUACGGAUAACUGGAUCACAAGAUGGGCGCUCUGGAUUGAAAAAUGGCCACUAAUUCGAAGUAUUGCUGAUCCAUGGGACCACUAUGUAUCCAGUCUGUUGUUUGGGGCCAUGCUGUGUCUAGCUUUCAUUGCUAUCAUACGCUAUACAUUAAAAGCCCUGUUAACAUAUCAGGGAUGGAUGUAUGAUGCCAGGGGAAAGAUGCCUCUGAGGACCAAACUUUGGGUGCUUUUGGUGAAGUGUUUAGUUAGCAGAACACCCCUGCUGUACAGUUACCAGGCAUCCUUACCCAAGCUACCAGUUCCUCCACUCUCUGGGACAGUCAGGAGGUACUUACAAUCUGUAAAGCCACUGAUGCCUGAAGAGAAACACAAUAGAAUGAGAGAAAUUGCCAAUGAAUUUGAAAAUGGAAUUGGCAAGAAACUUCAGAGAUAUCUGACCUUAAAGUCCUGGUGGGCAACAAACUAUGUGUCUGAUUGGUGGGAAGAAUAUGUCUAUCUGAGAGGCCGUGCUCCCCUAAUGGUGAACAGCAACUAUUAUGGCGUAGAUGCAGUGUUCAUUCACCCCACUACUGUACAAGUCGCUAGGGCAGCUAAUGUCAUCUACACAUUCCUGUCCUUUAGACGUUUACAGGAUAGGGAGGAACUGAAACCAAUCCAAUUGAAUAAGACUGUGCCUCUGUGUUCCUGGCAGUAUGAAAGACAGUUUAAUACAACGAGAAUACCUGGAGUUGAAACAGAUCAACUGGUCCACUACAAGGACAGCAAGCAUGUUUGUGUCUACCACAAGGGGAGAUACUACAAGGUCUAUGUGCAUUACAAGGGAAGACUUCUUCUGCCUUGUGAGCUAGAAGUGUCCCUCCAGAAAAUCUUAGACGAUGAAUCUGAGCCAGUCGAAGGAGAGGAGAAGUUGGCCGCUAUGACAGCUGGCGAUCGUAUCCCAUGGGCCAAGGCCAGGAAGCAACAUUUCUCCAAGGGUGUCAACAAGACGUCUCUUGAUGCUGUCGAAAAAGCUGCGUUCUUUGUGUCUCUUGAUGAGGAAGAACAUGGUUUUGACCCGAGACAAGCUCUCAAGAAAGACAUUGGUGCUCUGGACAAAUUUGGCAGGACCUGUCUACAUGGUAAAGGAUAUGACCGCUGGUUUGAUAAGUCUUUCAGUCUUAUCAUCUUCAAGAAUGGAAAGAUUGGCUUCAAUGCAGAACACUCUUGGGCUGACGCACCUAUUAUGGCACACCUUUGGGAGUUCUCGUGUGACAAUGAUGUUCUUCGACUAGGAUACCGUGAGGAUGGCCACUGUAAAGGUGAACCAGAGAUGGUACCUCCCAAUCCAAUCAGACUACAGUGGGAUCUUUCACCUGAGUGUAUUGAGGUGAUCCAUAACAGCUUAGAUGUAGCAGAGAAACUGCUAAAUGAUGUAGACCUCCACCUGAUGAUGCAUGAUGCUUAUGGGAAGGGACUCAUGAAGAAGUGUAAAACUAGUCCAGAUGCCUUCAUACAGAUGGCACUACAGUUGGCUUACUACAGAGAUGCAGGGCGUGUGUGUUUGACAUACGAGGCAGCCAUGACGCGUCUCUUCCGUGGAGGACGUACAGAAACUGUUCGCUCAUGUACCGUAGAGUCAACCAACUUUGUUAAGGCAAUGGAGGAUAAAUCUAAAACAACAUCUGAAAGGAUCGCAUUGUUCCGUGAAGCUACAGAGAUCCAUCAGAAGGGCUAUAGAAAUGCCAUGACUGGUAGAGGCAUUGAUCGCCAUCUAUUCUGCUUGUAUGUUGUUUCUAAAUACCUUGGGAUUGAAUCGCCAUUCCUCAAGGAAGUAUUGAGUGAGCCUUGGAGGCUAUCAACCAGUCAGACUCCACAUCAACAAACAGACCAACUAGACUUGGCAAAGAACCCAGAGCUCAUCUCAGCAGGAGGUGGAUUUGGACCAGUGGCUGAUGAUGGAUAUGGUGUCUCAUACAUAAUAGCAGGAGAAGAUUGCCUGUUCUUCCAUAUAUCUUGCAAGAAUUCAUGUACAACAACAGAUGCAAGGAGGUUUGGACGUACAAUAACAAAAGCUCUAGCUGAUAUUAAAGAUCUUUUUAACACAUCGUAGAAACCAUCCAUUCAUAGGACAUAUCCAGGAAAAUAUUUAGUUGUACAUAUAGUGAAGGUAUCCAUAGACUCACGGACAAGAAGUAAUGUCUUUGAAGUCUCUGAAAUAGCUAGAUGAUCAUAUAAGGGACAAUGUCAUUAUAUCUUUGUUAGCCCACAAAUUACAUUUUGGGAUGGAGUUUUCAAAUCCACUUAUAUUCAUUGGUCUACUUUGAUUUUUAAUUUGAAAAUAUUUUUGCUCAAUCUGAAAUGAAAUAAAUUAUAUUUUUGGGUUACAUUGAAAUUAUGACCUGGUCCCUUAAACACAAAAAUGCAACUCAAUUGAUGUAAAUAUUGGAAGAGUUGAAAAUGACAUUGUUAAUUUUAACCCCUAUUUGGGCAUAACUUACUCUUGGGAUAUUGCUGCUAGUUAGGAUCCAAGAAGUGUGCUGCUAUUAGGACCUUUUUCAUUGAGACCAGAACCAAGUCUCAUAGAAAGUCUUAUGUGGUACUCUUGGCACUCACUCCUCUUUCAGCACCAAUUAUUCAAGAAUUGCAUAUAGAUUUUCCUACAUGUUACUGGUUUUAAAGCUUACUGUUAUUAUUAUAAGAAUAAUAUUUUAAAAUCCUAUUUCUACAUAUUAUGUGA